AUGGCUCGACUCUGGCUCCUGGGGUACAACUUUCUGAACCUCCUUAGUAGUGUCUCCUCGACACCGCCACCUCUUGUUGAGCGCAUAUGGAACGGUACCCAGUACGGUUGCAAAUGCUAUCUGGGAGAUGACUGUUGGCCGAAUGAUAGCUCUUGGACGGAGUUGAAUUCCACGAUCGACGGAAACCUUCAAGUGAACAUCCCUCCAGGGGCAUCCUGUUACAAUACAUUUCAAGGCCCGUUGGGUUCUGUGCCGACCUACAAUGCCGCUAGUUGUCUGAACGCGACAACUAGGUUUUACGAUGAAUCGUGGACGGUCCAACAGCCUGCGGCGGCGUUGUGGACGUACUUUACAAACGACACUUGUCGGCCGACGAGGAAUCCUCGUGAUAGUUGCACCAUUGGGUACUAUGGCGUAUAUGUGAUCCGAGCCCAGUCUAGGGAUCAUAUCAAGGCAGGAGUCGAUUUCGCUAGGGAGCACAAUCUGCGGCUCGUCAUCCGUAAUACCGGGCACGAUUUCAUCGGACGCAGCACCGGAUGGGGCUCGUUGGUAAUAAACACGCACAGCUUCCAAAAUAUCGAGUUUGCCACCACGUAUGGCGGCCCUGGAGGCUACACAGGAGGCGCCGUGACCAUAGGGGCGGGGGUUCAGGCUCGCACGCUGCUCACGCGAGCCCACGACCAGAGUCCACCGGUCACGGUAGUGACAGGGGAGUGCCCCACGGUCGGGGUGGCUGGCGGACUCGUCCAAGGUGGUGGCCAUGGUCCCCUGACGCCGCUAUACGGGUUGGUUGCGGAUAAUGCCCUGUCAUUUGAUGUCGUUACAGCCGACGGCGAAUAUCUGACCGCGAACUCGGAAGAGAAUCCUGACCUUUUUUGGGCUUUGAAGGGAGGUGGACCGUCAGCAUUCGCUGUCGUUCUUUCUGUCACCUUUAAAACGUUCCCAGAGCAAAAGGCGACGGGUGUUCUCCUGGACAUCAACUCGUCCCAUACUAGGAGCGCAGAGGUGUUCUGGGACGGCGUCAAGUCGUUCCAUAAGUACUCAAAUAGGUUUGUCGCUGCUGGUCUGUAUGCCUACUUUGAGUUGAUGGCACUACGCCUGCACGUAGCACCGAUUGUAGGCGUCGGGAAGACACCCGCAGAGUUGCAAAGCAUCCUCCAGCCGAUGCUCGACGAAUUCAAAUCAAAAGCCAUUCCCCACAGCAUAGUUAUCAAGGAGUUCGACACGCUGUUCGACCUGUACACCGAGAUGUUCGAAGACGAGUCUGCCGGCACCUCGGCCCUCACAGGAGGAUGGAUGUUCAGCCAUCAAGACGUCGAAGAGAAUAAUGACGGCAUCAUCGAGGCUUUCAAGACCGUAGUGUCGCCGCGAGGAAACUUGGCAAACCAGGGAUUCCUCAUCGGCCACCUCUGGGAUGCCGGUCUGAACAUGCCGGUCUCGAACAGUGCCACCCACCCCAGGUUUAGAAACUCGACCGACUUUGCCAUUGUCGCGCUACCCGUUCCCUUCGGCGCCACUCUGGCUCAGAAAGAAGAUCUCCAAAACGUGCUCACGAAUAUCCAGGAUGCGGCGAUGAAGAAGGCCGGCACCAAUGGAUGCGCCUACGCGAAUGAGGGCGACCCGUACCAGCCCGAUUGGCAAGAUCACUUCUGGGGCUCCGAAUAUCCAAAGUUACUCGAGAUUCGCAAGAAGUGGGAUCCUAACGGGGUCUUCUACGCGGUGGCCACACCCGGGACUGAAGAUUGGGAAGUGAUCGAAUACGGCACGAGGUUGUGCCGUAAACGUUAA